AGCUGAGGAAAGAAAGAAAAAGACUUGGAAGAUCUCUGAGGUUCACGGGAAUCAGAGCCAUGAAAUCAGUUGCUUAUGAAACAGAGUUAUUUAUGUCACAUGAAAAGUUCUAGUAUUUUCUGAUAUUUUGAUUUGUUUUAUAUUGUCUGCUUCAUUUUAUUUGAUUGCAUAUUUAGUAGUUUUUUGUUUGUAUUUUAAGGCAUAUUUAGUUGGUUCACUUACCCACUACUGGGGUAAGUUGGCCCCGUAGCUGCAGUAAAAAAAAAAGGUAAGGAUGAGAUGAAAUGAGAUUAAUCUACAAGUAAAGUUUUUCUGAGACUUAUGAAGAUUUACAUAUUUAAUUGCCCAUAUUUUAAUUGAAGAAAUGUCAUAAUAGCAAUGCACAUUUAAUGAUUUCACUCAAAUAAUGUAUAGGUUUUAAUGAAAGUGAAAAUAUCUGAAAUGAAUUCUGGGUGGCUCAUCUUACCCCAAUUGUAUCUUUUCGCUUCAAAAUUAAAAGUAUAACUUUUACUCCACAAAUCCAAAAACACUGAUGUGUCCACAAAUUCCUCUUUAACAAAUAAACAACAUAAUACAAUGCAUUGAUUUUCCAGAGACACACAAUUAGAUCAAUCAACCUCAAAACUGUUUCGGCUGACUAAAUCUCACAAAUGUUGAUAUUCAUGAAAUUACAAAAUUUUAAAUAUGUGCUGAGACUUUGUCAUCUAUGGUCAGGAGAAAAAAAAAAGGUGAUUGGGGGUCAUCUUGCCCCAUGUUACCCUAUAUAAAUUAAUGACAUAUACAUUUAUAUUGGCCUAAAUGUGUGUUAGAGUGAGAGGAAGUAAUGCAGACGAGAGCAAACUGUAAUUUUGUCCUCGCUGUGGGGAGCGUCUGUCCGGCAUCCAAGUCCAAAAAACAUUUUCUCUUCUCAUAUGAAUAAAGUUCUUCAGCCGGAGACUGUUUUGCUUGGAGAUGAACGGAAUAAGAAUGAGAAUCAGAGGGAAAAGAGUAGCCUAAGCAGCAGGAAUGUCUGGGAGGAAACAUGUUGAGGAGCGACUCUGCUCACUGCCGCAGGCGCGUGCCCGUCUCGCCGCGCGCACUCGCGUCCUCCUCGUCUCGCGGGUGCGCGCUGAGCUGCGGCGCGUCUGAAGUUUAUUCAUCAACGCUCUGAAACUUUGGCAUUAUUCCGUUUUAAGGACUCGUGUCACAGUGUGAAAAGAAAAUACUGACUGAUGGGCGGCUAAAUGGAUUGAGACGGCUUGGCGAGAGAAAGAAUAAGAGAAGUGGCAGAGAGAGAGAGAGCGAGGACAAAUAAUCCCGCUAAUCCAGGCCAAUCCCAGCCGCUCAAACUCCUCUGGAGCCACAGACAAAACACAGUGGAUCACACGCGAAACUGAUGCGCUUUAGACCGGGUGUUUUGGGGGAUUCUGGGACACUGAAGACUUGUGGUGGGAUUCGUAAACACUGAAACAACGGAUCAGAGUGACGGUGGAAGACAGGGGGGCCGAGACUGAAGGAAAAGGCCAGUGCUGGAAGUCACAAAUCUUACAGAAAGCCAAAUCUUUGGAGAAACAGCAGUCAUUUUAUAAUGUGGAUGUGCACUCAGGUGCGAAUGCAGAUUUUAAAAGGGAUAUAAAAGACGUGAUUAAGGAGUGAAACGGAUGUUUGGAAGAAGUUCUGCAUCAUGUAAAUCCGAACAUAUCUGCAGUUUUUUAAAAGCAUUGUGACACUUUUUUGAAGACAUUUUGUGUAAGAAACGUCAUUUUUUCCACGAUCAGAGAGAGUGUGGGUUUUUGUGCUCACUGGAAGGUGUUUAAACUCUUCGUAAAUCCUAUUAGGCUUCUUUACCAGGUUAUUUUUAAACUCCGGGUCGGGAUGGGCAGCAGCUCACGGACUGAUGGCGCUCAUACAGUACAGUAUGAACCAUGUCUCUCUAUGAAUAUUUGUAAACAUAGUUCAUAUUAGAUGUGUAGAUGUGACGUUAUCAGUAUCUAGAUGGUGCUUGUAUCCACAGCAGCUGAGAGUUUGUCAAAAUGACACUCUUAAAAACUGCUUUCAAUGACAUUUUUUGCAGAAUAUUAUAAUCAAACUGAGCGUUUUUGUGUUUUUUGUUGCCCAUCUUGAAGUUUGAAUCUGAUCAAGUCUCAGAAAAACACUUCAAUUGGCUUAAACUGCUGUUUAAUUAUUAAUGGCUUUAUCUUUACAUUUAUGCUUAUAGCAUUAGGAAGUUUAUUUUAGCAUUUUCUGACAUUUUUUGACAAUUUAUUUCUGGAUCUCUUUAAUGAUUAUUUGACAUUUAUUUAGCAUUUAUUCAACUGGAUUUAUCCAGGUAUUUGGUUGAUUCAUUAAACUACCACUAGGAAUUUUCUUUUUAGUAUUUUUUGACGUUUUCCCACCAUUUUUUUCUCUCUCGAUCUCUUUUAAUGAUUAUUUCACAUUAGUUUAGCAUUUGUUUAGCUGCAUUUAGAGAGUAAUUUUUUGCUUUGUUGUUUUUUUUGUUGCAUUUUUUUGUCUCUCUGGUCAGUUUUAAAAAUUAUUUAACAUUAAUUUAGCAUUUAUUAAGCUGCAUUUAUCUGGGCUGUUCUCAUUUUCAGUUUUUUUCUGUUUUCAUGUUUUUUCACCAGUUUUUUCUUUCUUGGUCUGACAUUAUUUAGCAUUUAUUAUGCUUAAUUUCUCUCUGCAUUUGAUUGGUUCUUUACACUAGCAUUAGGCUUAAUUUUGGAAAUUUUCUGACGCCUUCCAUUUUUCCACCAGUGAUUAUUUUUGGGAUCUCUUUUAAGAUUUAAUUGACAUAUCAAUUGACUUUUUGUUUUGCUGCAUUUACAUCCAACCUCUGUUUAUAUUUGAGGAGCACUUCCUCAGCAACAGCUUGCAGACAUUUUGGAUCUUCUUUAAGGAUCAUUUAAGGAUCACAUAUUCCUCGUCAUGAGUCUGGGAAAGCUGCCGGCGAUCAAAGGCCUGGUGUCCACAUCUCACGGCAAACGCCGGUUUAAGAGCGACCUGUCGGUGGACAUGAUCAGCCCGCCCCUCGGCGACUUCCGCCACACAAUGCACGUGGGCCGCGGUGGCGACGUCUUCGGCGACACAUCGUUUCUGAGCAACUUCGGUGGUUCGGCUAACAACGAUGGCAUACGUUACCCGGAUUCGCCCUCUGGCUCCAGAACGACACGUUUUUUGUCGCGAACUCUGCAGCAUGUACGGAAACCCCCUAUGCCCCGGCUGAGAGGAGGGUCACGUGACUUCUCGUCCCCUCCACCGCCCAUCUCGCCCAUCAUUAAAAACGCCAUCUCACUGCCUCAGCUGAACAUGAACAAUGACGGCCUACUGAGGGUGCUGCUGCCCACCUCCACCAGCUCACCGGACGAGCCACUCUGCUCCUACGGCCUUCAGUCUGGUUUCGUCACGCUGCCUCGUUUAUCACGACUCGACCAAAGCUUUGCAGAAACAUCUGAACUGCUCGGCACAGACAGUCGACGGAGUUCCCUACCGGAGAACAGCGAUGUCUCGAUAACACGAUCUGAUUCGCUCUCGUCCUUCACGGUGGACCUCGGCCCCUCCCUCAUGAGCGAGGUUCUGGAGCUGAUCGACAACGCCUGCUGCCUCAUUACGAGCCGACAGGGUCAGGAGGAGGAGGAAGAGGAGGAACCGAGCUCUGUGUUUGAGACGGAUCAUAAUCGGCCGACAACGGAUGCUUCAGUCAGUCCUCCGAUCAGAGCAGACGUCAGCAUCGAGCCCAGGAGGUUCCAGCACGCUGCUAGCAUGCUAGCUCGUCACUUUGGAGGAAGACCUGGAGAGGAGCGGCAGAGACCUGCAUCUUUCAGACACACAAGGACACCGUACAGCUUCACUGAGACGGAGGAAGAAAUCAAAGUAUGAACAUUAGAAAUAUAUUAAAGGGAUAUUACAAACCAGUUUGAUUUAGUUUUUGAUAUAAUCUUUCAUUUUAUGUCCAUAUAAACAUUAAAAUAUUUUGGAAUUAAGAAUCUUGGACAUUUUUAAAGGACCUGAAAGAGACCUGCUAUAAAGUCUGUGCUUGAGUUGUCUGGAGCCUUUCUGUUAAAACAAGCAUCGUUCAGAUGAACAAACUUUGAGCUCUAAAUGUCUUUAUUUGUCACUUAAACUUGAAAUCAAAUGUAUUCGAUGACCCUGUACAUAAAUUCAAAUGUACGUUCACAUUCUUGCGUUGCUAAUGUGUAUAUGCACCUAGUAAAAGGCAAUUACCUGUACUAGUAGCCACUAGAGUUCAUUAAACAUUGAUUCAUAUCUGUCUGGUAAAGCCACAAAGAAGAGUCUAUAAUCAUUAUAUUUGAUUGUUUUCAUUAUGACAUUCAUAUAUUAAAAGCAAAAAUCUUUCAUAAACUCUAACAUAAUCAUAUGUCCAGAAUUAUACUUACAGCUGAUGGGAUUAAUAUGUAUUUCAGUGCAAAUAUAUGUAAUUUAUAUAAAUCACAUGAAUGAAUAACAUUCAUAAUUGCAGUAUAUGGUCCAGCUGAACAUGAUGACACCAGACAACAGAGUGUGGGAGUGAGUGGUAUAAAUAGCAUCCUGGUUGCAUAUUGACACGUGAUAAUCAAUAUUCAGGCGACUGUGAAUGGAGAGGAGGAGCUGAGGGAAGUGGUUCAAUUUGGACACUAAAAAGGGGUUUCCCAUCUAACAGGGAAGUUCUCAUAGUUCUGACCAAACAUUCUUCCAGUAACAUUAAUAGAACGUUUGUUCAGUGUUAUCUGGUCUUUAAUAAUUAGCACAAAAAACGUUAUUUUUACAUUGUUUGAAGAAGGGUUUUUUAAAUGUUCUCAUAAUGUUGGGAGAAAAUGGUCUUAGAACAACUUUCUUGAAACAUCUUUAAAACAUUUAGAAUGACAACCAACUUCAAAUAAGGUUGUGUUUGCUGUUUUAAAAGAACAUCCUUGGAACGUGGGGAAGUUUUGUAGCCUGUCCCAUAGAUAUUGUUUCUGACUUUUCGCUUAAAUUUAUGUAAAUGUUAUGCAAAUGUUAAAAUUAAACUUUUUUAAAACAA